AUGCCUGUCUGCGGAUGCCGCAGCCCCUCCCCACCUCGCGGCCACGCCGGGGCCCGCCUCACCGCCUCCUCGGUCGCCCAGGACCAGGAAUCGGUCCAGACCCUCCAUCCGCCCCCGCCUCCAUCGCUCCACCGCCGCGCCCCCCUCGGCCUGUCCCUCCUCCUCCUGCUGCUCUGCCUCCUCCACCUGCCCCCGGCCUGCCACUCACGGAGAGAGAAGGGCGGGGGAGGCGGUGGGGGAGGCGGUGGGGGCGGCCACUACGUGCCCAUCCCCCAGCCCCCUCCCCACCACAUGGCCCUGCCCAACAUCCUGCGCGGCCUCAGCAUCGCCGUCGUCCUGGUGGGCAACUCCAGCGAGAUGGCGCUGGCCGGCGGCCGAGAGAAGGAAGACUUCCUCCACCUGGCGCCCAACGUGGAGGUGCUGACCAUGAAUGAGACUGACCCCAAGAGCAUCAUCAAGAGCAUCUGCGACCUCAUGACGGAGCACUGGCUGCAGGGCGUGGUGUUCGGGGACGACACCGACCAGGAGGCCAUCGCCCAGAUCCUGGACUUCAUCUCAGCCCAGACCCACAUCCCCAUCCUCGGAGUACGCGGGGGCUCCUCCAUGAUCAUGGCUGCCAAGGAUGACAACUCCAUGUUCUUUCAAUUCGGCCCCUCCAUCGAGCAGCAGGCGUCCGUCAUCCUGAACAUCAUGGAGGAAUACGACUGGUAUAUCUUCUCCAUCGUCACGACGUACUACCCGGGUUACCAGGACUUUGUCACCAAGAUUCGUAACACCAUUGAGAACAGCUUCGUGGGCUGGGAGCUGGAGGAAGUUCUGCUUCUCGACAUGUCCGUCGACGACGGAGACUCAAAGAUCCAGAACCAGCUGAAGAAGCUCCAGAGCCCCGUCAUCCUCCUCUACUGCACAAAGGAGGAGGCCAACACCAUCUUCGAGGUGGCCCACUCCGUCGGGAUCACCGGCUACGGCUACACGUGGAUCGUGCCCUCGCUGGUGGCCGGAGACACUGAUGUCGUGCCUGCAGAGUUCCCCACAGGCCUGCUCUCCGUGUCCUACGACGAGUGGGACUACGGCCUCGAGGCCCGAGUCCGCGACGGCGUGGCCAUCAUCACCAUGGCGACCUCCACCAUGAUGAUGGACCGCGGGCCGCACACCCUGCUCAAGUCCGAGUGCCACGGAGCCCCCGACAAGAAGACCCCCAUCUCAGGCAACCCCAACGAAGUGCUCAGGUACCUGAUGAAUGUGACGUUCGAGGGGCGUAAUCUGUCGUUCAGCGAGGACGGAUACCAGAUGCACCCCAAGCUGGUCAUCAUUCUGCUCAACAAAGAGAGGCAGUGGGACAGGGUGGGUAAAUGGGAGAACGGCUCCCUGUCCAUGAAGUACCACGUGUGGCCUCGCUAUGAACUGUAUGGGGGGGCGGCGACCCGGGAGGACGACCACCUGUCCAUCGUGACGCUGGAGGAGGCGCCGUUCGUCAUCGUGGAGGACGUGGAUCCGCUCAGCGGGACCUGCAUGAGGAACACCGUACCUUGCCGGAAACAGAUCAAAACGCUCAACCAGACCAAGGAGUCGGGGAUCUACAUCAAGCGCUGCUGCAAAGGGUUCUGCAUCGACAUCCUGAAGAAGAUCGCCAAGUCAGUGAAAUUUACCUACGACCUUUACCUCGUCACUAACGGGAAGCACGGCAAGAAAAUCAACGGGACCUGGAACGGCAUGGUGGGAGAGGUAUUGACGUUGGCGGACGGUGCAGGGCGACUUAUUCGGGAGCCCUUCAGUGCGGAUGUGUGGGUGAUGAUGUUCGUGAUGCUGUUGCUGGUGUCAGCAGUGGCUGUGUUUAUAUUCGAGUACUUCAGCCCUGUGGGCUACAACCGCUGUCUGGCUGACGGCAAAGAGCCUCACGGUCCGUCCUUCACCAUCGGUAAGGCCAUCUGGCUGCUCUGGGGUCUGGUCUUCAACAACUCCGUGCCGGUGCAGAACCCCAAAGGCACCACCAGUAAGAUCAUGGUGUCGGUGUGGGCCUUCUUCGCUGUCAUCUUCUUGGCCUCCUACACUGCCAACCUGGCCGCUUUCAUGAUCCAGGAGGAGUACGUGGACCAGGUAUCGGGUCUCUCAGACAAAAAGUUCCAGAGUCCCAACGACUUUUCACCUCCGUUUCGGUUCGGCACCGUCCCCAACGGCAGCACAGAGAGGAACAUUAGGAACAACUAUCCGGAGAUGCAUUCCUACAUGACCAAGUUCCAUCAGAGAAACGUCAACGAAGCGCUGCAGAGUCUCAAGUCUGGCAAACUGGACGCCUUCAUCUACGACGCCGCCGUGCUGAACUACAUGGCCGGCCGGGACGAGGGCUGCAAGCUGGUGACCAUCGGCAGCGGCUACAUCUUCGCCACCACCGGCUACGGCAUCGCCAUCCAGAAGGAGUCGCUGUGGAAGAGGCACGUGGACCUGGCCAUCCUGCAGCUCUUCGGAGACGGUGAGAUGGAGGAGCUGGAGUCCCUGUGGCUGACCGGGAUCUGCCACCACGAGAAGAACGAGGUGAUGUCCAGCCAGCUGGACGUGGACAACAUGGCCGGCGUCUUCUACAUGCUGGGCGCCGCCAUGGCCCUCUCGCUCAUCACCUUCAUCUGCGAGCACUGGUUCUACUGGCAGCUACGCUUCUGCUUCAUGGGCGUGUGCUCCGGCCAGCCCGGCUUCGUCUUCUCCAUCAGCAGGGGUAUCUACAGCUGCAUUCACGGGGUGCAGAUCGAAGAGAAGAGCAGCUCUGCACUGAACUCCCCAUCAGCCACCAUGAACAACACCCAUUCCAACAUCAUGCGCCUCUUACGCACUGCCAAGAACAUGGCCUCCCUGUCGGGAGUGAACGGCUCACCGCACAGCGCUCUGGACUUCAUCCGCCGCGAAUCGUCUGUUUAUGACAUCUCAGAACACCGACGCAGCUUGGCAGGCCACUCAGACUGCAAACCACCGUAUCUGCCCGAAGAUAACAUGUUUAGCGACUACAUCAGUGAGGUGGAGAGGACGUUUGGCAACCUCCACCUCAAGGACAGUAAUUUGUACCAGGACCACUACCUACACCACCACGGCUCCACGCUAGGGCUCAGCGGACCUCCUCCCAACAGGCCCCAAAGUUUGGGAAGUGCUAGUUCCCUGGAGGGCGGCAUGUUCGACUGUGACAGCCUGGGUGGAGGGGUGGCCCCUAUUUUUACCACCCAGCCCUGCUCAGCACUGACCCACAGGAACAUGAGCAAGUUUGACCUGCUGUCUGGACAGACUCCUCCGUCGGGUCAGAGCUUCAAGGGAGGCCUGCCCGACCUGUACGGGAAGUUCUCCUUCAAGGGAGGUGCCUCCAGUUCCACCUACAUCCCCGGACAAGGCUACUGCGGAGGGAGAGGAGACGACGAUGGGAAUAUACGUUCAGAUGUUUCGGACAUUUCCACGCACACAGUAACUUACGGUAACCUGGAGGGUAAUGCCAAGAAGCGCAAACAAUACCGCGAUAGCCUGAAAAAGAGGCCGGCCUCUGCCAAGUCCAGACGGGAGCUGGAUGAGAUCGAGCUGGGCUACAGGAGGAAACCCUACCACAUCAGCCACCACCACUACCACGGCCACCGCUCCGCCUCCCCACCGCUUUUGCCCUCUGAACGCAAAAGAGGUGGCGGAGGAGGCGGAGGAGGGAACAACGACGGGAACUCUUAUCUUUUCAGAGAAAAGGAGAGCGUUAGGGAUUUUUAUUUGGACCAGUUUCGGCCCAAAGAGGGCGUCCCUCAGUGGGAACAUGUGGACUUGACGGAGGGUCCUGGGAGCAGAGACGGAGGCGUGGCCACCUGCACCUCCCUGGUACCAGUGGAUGACUUUCUAAAGAGCAAACCCAAAAAGGCUGAUUCAAAGAGCGGGGGAGGAUCUGGGUUGGCAGGAGGAGAGUGGGAGUGCAGGAACUGUCGGGCUAGCGGGGGAGCAGGGGGCAAGCAGAUGUCCAUCCACGGAGGAGGCAGUGGGUACGGUGGUAUGAGCUGUGGGUCCUCGCAAGGCGGAAACAGCCGCCCCAGCUCUGCCACCUGCAUGCGCUGUGAAGGUUGUAAAAAGACAGGAAACCUGUACGAUAUCAGCGAGGACAAUAACCACCUCUUGGAACAGAUGGGGGGCGGGCAAAGCGUGGGGGGAGGAGGUAUGGGCGCAGGCCCUCAGUCUCAAUCUCAGGCCCAGCAACGGAGGAAGAGCGGAGGAUUCGGCAAGCCACUGAGGCGGCAGCACUCGUACGACACAUUUGUUGACCUUCAGAAGGAGGAAUCAGGCGGGAUGGGAAGUUUGAUGGGAGGUUUAGGAGGAGGGAUGAGCGGGGCAGGUAUGGGGAUGCUGCCCCCACCCAGGAGUGUAAGCUUGAAGGAGAAAGAGCGCUACAUGGAAGGCAGCAGCCCCUUCGCACACAUAUUUGAACGUCACGGGGGCUCAGAGCGGGACCGGGACAGGGACCCGCUGUUUUAUGGAGGCGACAGCCGGAAAGGACCCGGCUCACCGUUUGGCCUGUUCCGCGGUGGCGAAGGCCUCCACCGCCGCUCCAUCGGAGAGAGAGACAUGAGAGACAGGGACAGGUCUCUGAUGGAAGGAGGAGGUGGGGCAGCUUUCUCUUUAUCCAAAUCUCUUUACCCCGACCGGGUAAACCAAAACCCCUUUAUACCCACCUUUGGCGACGACCAGUGUCUGAUGCACGGAGCCAAACAAUAUUACAUGAAAAAGCAACAGCAGCAGCAACAAGUUGCCAAAAACAGCCGAAGUGACUUCAGGAGCCAGUUGAGCGCAACGUCAUAUCUGCCAGCGUCUGCCACGGCCGGGGUGAUGUCCAACGUGACCCCCCGGUUCCCGAAAGAGCUCAGCCUGGGUGGGCUGAACCACCACGGCUCCAUGCUGGGGGUCGGCCCCCCGCGUCCCUUCAACGGAAGCAAUGGCCAUGUGUACGAGAAACUCUCCAGCAUUGAGUCUGAUGUGUGA